AUGACAACCACAUUGCACGACAUUGCAUUUAAAGCACGAAGCCAUCCUCGGCACUGCUUUCAGAAUUUAUAUGGAUUACUAAAGACUGAUUUGCUGUAUCAAAGUUGGGGACAGCUAAACAAGCAGGCCGCUUCAGGCAUUGAUGGUAUAACACCCUCAAAGUAUGAAAGUAGUCUGUUCGAAAAUAUUCAACGGUUAGACGAGCAACUCAAAGCAAAACGCUAUCGGGCGAACACCAUCAAACGUGUUUACAUCCCGAAGGCUAAUGGAAAGCAACGACCGCUGGGUUUACCCACGGUCGAUGACAAAGUAGUACAGCAAAGCGUGAGUCAGAUUCUUCAGACUAUCUGGGAAGCUGAUUUUCUACCGAACAGUUAUGGUUAUCGUCCUGCGAAGAGUGCGCAUCAGGCGGUUCACUCACUGGCAUUAAACCUGCAAUACAAAGGUUAUGGUUACAUCGUCGAGGCCGAUAUAAAAGGCUUCUUCGAUCACAUGGAUCAUGAUUGGCUGGUGAAAAUGCUGGAGCAACGAAUCGAUGAUAAAGCACUGCUGACACUGAUCAAACAAUGGCUCAAAGCACGGGUGAAGUCACCCGAUGGUAGAGUUCAACGUUCAACAUCCGGUACGCCGCAAGGUGGAGUUAUUAGUCCGGUGCUGGCGAAUAUCUAUCUGCAUUAUGUGCUUGAUCUAUGGUUUGAAAAGCAGGUGAAACCCAGACUGCAAGGUCGAGCGAUGCUGAUCCGUUAUGCGGAUGACUUUGUGAUAGCUUUUCAAUUUCAGCGUGAAGCUGAGCGUUUCUAUCGGGUGUUACCGAAACGACUCAAUAAAUUUGGGUUGUCAGUAGCGGAAGAUAAAACGCGGCUGAUGCGUUUCAGUCGUUUCCGACCGGGGAGAAAGCACAGCUUUCAGUUCUUGGGCACCACCGAGGGUGACGAAACGUCAUGUUCUGGUGGAUUGGUAUUAGUGCUUUACACGGGCAUUUGUAUAACUGAGGAGCCGGAUGCGGUAAUUCCGCACGUCCGGAUCUGUGUGGGGACGGCUCAG